AUGGUCGAAGAUCAUCCAAUUGAAUAUAUAAAUUUUCAAGGAACUAUUCCAAAUGGAGAAUAUGGCGCAGGCGAAGUACGAACGUGGGAUAUUGGAACGUAUGAGUCGUUGGAUGACAACGAUGAUAUGAAUGCGGGUAUUGACAAAGGCAAAAUAACCUUUCGACUUCAUGGCAAGAAAUUGAAAGGCGAAUUUCACAUGGUUCGUUCGCGAUUCGGCAAAACUCAACAACAUAAUCAAUGGUUGUUGAUGAAAAAGAACGAUCAAUUUGCUGAUGAACAUUUCGUGCUCGAUCGUAUUCUUGAUUAUGGAUCACGACGGGAUCUGCAAACAGCGAAGACUGCUACUGGAAACGAAAAAUGUCCACAACGUACAUCCACAUUGUCCAAGCGAACGAAACAAAGUCAUGACUAG